GGCUAGGCUACAGUAUCCACAUUACAGGCACGUUGCAGGACCAGCGUUUGCGUGAGUGAGUGCACGCGCAAGGACACACUGGUGCUGCUGCUGAGUCGCUUGCUAGACUAGUGACAGUGAGGGCAUACUGAUCGAAGCAGCCAUGUCAAACAGUCCUGCACUACUCAUGCGGCUAAUGGCCUCGGCCUACUCAGUGGCCGAGAAAUCUGGAGCCAUCGCAAGGAGAGUGAUGCAGAGCGGAGACCUGGGCAUAGUUGAAAAGACAGGAGCCAAUGAUCUGCAGACUGCAGCCGAUAGGCUGGUCCAACAGAGCAUCUGCGCUUCACUGUCCCGCAGUUUCCCAAAGCUCACUAUCAUUGGAGAAGAGGACCUGCCGGCAGAGACAGUCGAGGAGGACCUGAUUGACACAAGACAAGCGGAGGAGGUCUUGCUGAAGCCCUGCCCACCAGAGUACAGCGGUCUGAAGGAGGAGGAGCUUGUCGUGUGGGUUGAUCCACUGGACGGCACGAAGGAAUACACAGAAGCCGCGAGUUUACUGUUCAGCCCCACUCACAGGCAGAAGGUCCACUCAGGCUCCGAGCGUCAGCUGUUGGCCACCGCACUCCGGCUGCUCGACCAUGUUACAGUAUUGAUUGGAGUCGCGUAUGGUGGCAAAGCCAUAGCAGGAGUCAUCAACCAACCCUUCUUCAACUACCAGCUGGGUUCUGGAGCGGACUUGGGCAGGACGAUGUGGGGGGUCCUGGGUCUGGGAGCGUUCGGCUUCCAGCUGCAGGAGGUUCCAGAUGGCCAGCGAAUCGUCACCACCACGCGUUCCCACAGCAACAAGCUGGUGACUGACUGCGUGGCAGCCAUGGAGCCGCACAGCGUCAUCAAAGUGGGAGGGGCAGGAAACAAGAUUGUCCAGCUUGUGGAAGGGAAAGCCUCUGCCUACGUGUUUGCCAGCCCAGGCUGUAAGAAGUGGGAUACCUGCGGACCUGAAGCCAUCCUGCAGGCAGUGGGGGGCAAACUGACUGACAUGCAUGGGAAUGCAUACUGCUAUGAUGCCAACGUCAAGCACAUGAACUCAGCUGGUGUGUUGGCCACUCUGAGGAACCACGAAUACUACGUCAGCAGGGUACCACAGUCUGUCAAACAGGCACUGUCUUGAAGAGGAAGGCAUUCUGGGACAUGUAGUUUUAAACUCCAUCACUGGUCUUCUUGGUGAAGGAUAAAGCUACAUCUUAAAUGUAAUGACACACUACCUUUUUGUCCGAUUUUUAUACUGCACCUUCAUAUCAACAGUGAUUUUGACCUACAUGAGGCAGCUGAUGGAAUGUUUGCUGUGUGAUAAUGUUGCUCACAGUGAUUAAUUGACUAAUGAAUCCCACUCAUCUUUGCCAUAGCUCACAUUUUGUAUAUCAUUAAAGGACCAAAGUUAUAUUCUAAA